AUGGAUACAAUCAUAGAUACUAACGCUGUUGAUUUGGCUGUGAUGGAACAGCAUCAGCAGUGCGCUAGCAACAACAACAACAACAACAAUAACAAUAUGAACAGUUUGUUUGAUGAUGAUUCACUCGUCAACUAUUUCCUCUCGGAGGACAUCAGUAUGAUUAGCAGUGGUGAAUCACCCAUUCACACAGGCGAGCACAAUUUAUUGUCAUCGCCACACUCACAUCCAAGCUCACCACUGGUCGUUCCAAAUUCAUCACCAUUCGAAUCACAUCACUCAAUGACCUCACCAGAGCACAGCCCAAACCAUACCGAUAACAUCAACAACAACAACUGCUAUAUAGUAGAUACCAACCAGUUUGACGCCUACUCAUUUGCCACUGCCAACGAUCAUAUGAUUUCACACCACCACAGCAUGGAUCCAUCCAACGGACUUCCAGAAUUCCCAGUGCAAAUCGAAGACUUUAAGUUAAUUACACCAGACAGCCACCUCACAAUCAAAGAAGAAAUCGACCAGAGCACAGGAUACUUGUGUGAUACCACCAACCAAUUCAUGUCGUCCAGUCCCAUCGAUGAACUCUCCUCGCCUGUCACCGAAGAAUCUAUCAACUCAUCGAGUGGAGAGCGUGAAGCUUCCUCACCAAUCCAAUCCAACAAACAAAAGAAGAGAGCAAUUGAGAAUAAUAGCCGUGUUCAAAAUCUUGUCCACCCAUUGACAAGAGAAGAACUAUUAAAAUUAACUGGAAAGGAACCAGUUAGAAUUGAAGAUACACCAACAACUUGUUUGGCCGAUGAGAGACAAGUCAAGAAACAACGUCGCCUCAUAAAGAAUCGUGAGAGUGCACAACUCUCAAGAAUGAGAAAGAAGAUCUACAUUGAGGAUUUGGAGAAGAAGAUUGGCGAUCUCACAACUGAAAACGGAUCGUUGCGUGAUGAAGUCCUCUAUUUGCAAGGUAUCAUCAAGCAAUUCGCUUCGACCAACCCAGAAAUUUCGAAUCAACUACAACAACACGAGUCAAUGAGAACCAAGAACGCCAAGGCCGCCGGUGUCUGCUUAUUGAUUAUCAUUUUCUCAAUUGGAAUCUUUUUGAAUCCACAACAACAAAGCCAACCAACUUUUACCACCAAUUCCAACUCACUUGUCAACACAAGAAGAGCACUCUCCAAUAGCAACAACAACAACGCCAACUCUGAUCUUUACCUCUCCAUGACCAACGUAGACGACGACGAAGUAGUACCUAGCGACGACACACUGUUUAUAACACCACCACAGUCUCCGACACCUUCCUCUGAAUCCAGUCUGGUACUGUCGAGCGGCUCCGGUAACAAGAAGCGAAACCUAGAGUCACCGGCAACCAUCGUCAACGACAACAAUAGUCCUGCAACACACAACAAGAAACGAAUCAGAAUCAUACCACUGGAAGAAGACCAGAGCGACACCGAUCGACCAUCGGAUCCUCCCACCAGGCUCGUUGUCGACUCGCCACUGCGUGUGGUUCCAUCGUCACCAAGAAUCCUCUCUGGUGACACCGAGUCUGAUUUCAAUUUGGUUGCAUCGUCCGGACACUUGGUACAAGACGGUCCAAUCCACUCGUCUUAUAUCGUCUGUUCCGACCAACCAAGAAUCAUCUCGAACAACCUCACCCAGACAACAGAGUCCAUUUUGAAUUCCAAUCCAUCGUCACCCCUAACCAUUGCUGCCAAGUUUCCAACAUCAGAGUUUGGAAUCCACAACACAUCAGCACUCAACAACACUCUCACUCAUCAUCCAUCCAAUCCAACCUCAUCAUUCCAUCCUCAUAAACAAAACAAACAAAACAAAACACCUCCAUUAUACAUAAAAUCAUUAGCUUCUCGUAAGAAUGGUCUUUUCUUCUUCAAAUUAUAUUUAUAUAAACAAGUGUUUAUGUGUUGUUGUCAACAACAACAAUUAAUUAGCUAA